AAUGGUUAAAAACAAAUAGCAUAGGAAAUAUGAAAUCUGAAAUUUUAGCAAUAGCUUGCGUAGCUGUGUCACUUAGAUCCAUAGUUUCAUUGUACUCAUUCUCAGGAUUUGACUCGCCUCCUAUGUACGGUGACUAUGAAGCUCAACGCCACUGGCAAGAAGUGACAAUUAAUUUGGAGCCUGGUCAAUGGUAUACGAAUAGCUCCGAUAAUGAUUUGCAGUACUGGGGGCUAGACUAUCCUCCACUAACCGCACAUCAUAGCUAUUUAAUUGGUCGCAUAGCAGAAUCCAUUGAUCCCCGCUUUAUCGAGUUGCAUAAAAGUAGAGGUUUUCAAUCUAGACUGCAUAAAAGCUUUAUGCGACUAACUGUAUUGACAGGAGACAUUUUAAUCUAUUUACCGGCUAUCUUGGGGGUGUGUAUUUGUAUAGAUAAAAGCUUUCAAAGCAAAAGUCUACUGUUUUCCUUCAUGUUGUUCGCCGCCUAUCCUGGUCAAGUGCUUAUCGACAAUGGACAUUUUCAAUACAAUAACGUGUCGUUGGGCUUAGCAGCUGCGGCUAUUGCAGCAAUUCUGCAUGGCAAACAAUAUAUUGCUGCAUUUGCCUUCACAUUAGCCUUGAACUACAAACAAAUGGAACUAUACCACAGCAUUCCGUUUUUUACGUAUAUUCUAGGCGAAUGCUUGGCAGCAAACAGCCUCAGGUUAUUUGCAGUUAAAUUAGGAAUAACCGCAACCAUUGUUUUAGCUACAUUCUGCCUGCUUUGGUACCCUUGGUCUGGAUCGCUUCAUGCGGUGGCUGAAGUGUUACAUCGCCUUUUUCCUCUCGGGCGCACCGUAUUUGAAGACAAAGUUUCUAAUUUUUGGUGUUCAUUAAAUAUAAUUUGGAAACUAAAACAACAUGUGUUGAAUAAUCACAUGGCUCUAGUUUGUCUGGCUUUCACCUUAAUUAGUGCUCUGCCAACUAAUAUUACACUGUAUAGGAAGCGAUGUAAAAUGGGUUUUUUAUUAUCCCUUUUCAAUACUGCCAUUGCUUUUUUUUUAUUUUCAUUUCAAGUUCACGAGAAGACUAUUCUGCUGGCUGCACUACCAUCAUUAUGCUUGCUUACAUGGUGGCCGAACGAAAUUAUUCUCUUUCUCGAAAUGUCAGUAUUCACCAUGCUACCACUUUUACAAAGAGAUGGUUUGUUAGUACCGUCGCUGGAAUGUGUUUUAAUAUAUCACUUGAUUUGCCAAUGUUUUUAUUCUGAAACUAGACCGAGUUCUGGCCAAAAAGCAUUUUUAUAUAUAUCAAAAAUCUGCUUAAUUGUCAUUGUGGGGGCUUCAUUAAUAAUCAAAGCCCCUUCACGAUAUCCCGAUCUUUGGCCAUUGAUAACGUCUGUGAUAGGUUGUGCAUACUUAGCUUUCUUUUUACUAUGGGGAAAUUUUCAACAUUUGACCUGCAAAGGGGAGGCCCUAUAAAUAAAUAAUAUGUAAACUGAAUGUUAUCAUAAAAAUAGAACAACAGAUUAUUAACAAAAGUUUA